UCAACCAAAGGUUGGCUGAUAUUUCUACUCUUAAGUAUUUUCUGGUGAACGCAACACUUUUCAGUCAUGACUGGCAGGAAGUUUUUCGUCGGAGGCAACUGGAAAAUGAACGGGGACAAAAAGAGCAUAGAAGAGCUCGCCAAUACACUGAAUAACGCCAAACUCAACGCAGCGACCGAUGUUGUGUGUGGUGCUCCAUCCAUCUACCUGGGCUACGCAAGGUCCAAGCUGAAUCCUAACAUUGAUGUCGCAGCACAGAACUGCUACAAAGUUGCAAAGGGAGCCUUUACCGGAGAGAUCAGCCCUGCGAUGAUCAAGGACUGUGGAGUAAAAUGGGUUAUUCUGGGACACUCUGAGAGACGCCAUGUGUUUGGAGAGAGUGAUGAGUUGAUUGGGCAGAAGGUGGCUCAUGCUCUUGAGAAUGGUUUGGGUGUGAUCGCCUGCAUCGGUGAGAAGCUGGAUGAGAGGGAGGCCGGAAUCACAGAGAAAGUUGUUUUUGGCCAGACAAAGUUCAUCGCAGAUAACGUGAAGGACUGGAGUAAAGUGGUCCUUGCUUAUGAGCCUGUGUGGGCCAUUGGCACUGGCAAAACUGCUUCACCCCAGCAGGCUCAGGAGGUGCAUGACAAGCUCAGGCAGUGGAUGAAGGCCAAUGUCUCAGAGGCUGUUGCCAACUCGGUCAGGAUCAUUUAUGGAGGAUCCGUCACUGGAGGGACCUGCAAGGAGCUUGCUUCUCAGAAAGAUGUGGAUGGCUUCCUGGUGGGCGGCGCUUCCUUGAAAGCAGAGUUUAUUGACAUUAUUAAUGCAAAAGCAUAGGGAGAUAAAGCCAUCAUCUACCUAAACCCUAAGGCUUAGGUCUGCUCCCAAACCCUGCUCUUCUUUAGAAAGUGUUAUUGUGGUUUUGUUACUGUUGCUUCAUUUUUUUUGUUAUUACAAAGGGACAGUUUGACACAUACUGAACACUCAGCUGAGUGUGUUAUUAUUAGCCCUCCAACUAGCUUAGUGAACUACAGGACUGUAGUGAGAACCAUCAUGGGGCUUAGAGCCCACACCCUUACUUGAAUAAUAUUAACCAACAUUCUCGUAUAUACAGUGUCAAAAAUCAAUCAAAAAGUCAAUCAACCUCAGUGUCUUUUUAAUUCAAGCGAAAGUACUUUCCAUGAAUGUGGCUGUCCUGAUGUUUUCCUGUCCCUCAAAGAGUGUUUCUCUGAGUGGCCUAUCCUGAAGGUGCUCAUAUGAAAUAACUAAUGUCUUUUGGUAUAAAGGAUAAAAAUAUUCUAAUAAAUGUUUCAGAAGUAUAGACCUAA